CCACGGAGAAAACACGGCGUGUAUCAUGUGACAGAAGUACUUUGUACAAGACACAGUGAAGACACACAAAGUGAGUGUGCUAAGUUGUGUGUCGCUGACUUGUUGUUCUCAUGUCCGUGACGCCGACCCGGACCGAGCAGCAGUCACUUUCCAGCGGAGUACAGCGGAGAAAGUAGUUGAAAAGUCAUUGUCCAGCAAGUAGACGGAUCCUGUUUCAUCUGGAAGGAGUUGUGCCAGUGCAGCCAUGCUGAUGUAUGAUUACCCACUGAAGACAGACAUGGACACGUCCUUUUACUCAUCGCUCGUGAAAAACCCUGAGCCAUACGGAGUCAUCUUCUCCCACCCGCCCCACCUCUACCACCACAGCCACAUGCAGGCCCUCGCCCAGUCCCAUGCCACCAGCAACCCCUCACACACCCAGCUGGAGCCCGUGGACCUGUCUGUGAGCAAACGCUCCCCCCCCUCCACCGCCUCCUCCUCCCCUCCAUGCUCCUCUGCCUCUUCUCCGGCCUCCUCACGCAGCACCCCGCCGUCCCCUUACAGCACGGCGAGCCGUGCCUCUCCGCGCUGCUCUCCCCAGCUGAGCCGGCGACACCUCUCACCGUCCCACACCCUCCCGCCGCCAGCCGCCUCUCUACCGUACCAAACCAUGGUGGCUCCUCUGAUGGGGUCAGGCUCGGGGGUCAUCCAGAGCUCGGGAGGGGUCAUGUUGUCUCCAGUCAUGGUGCCUCUGUCCGUCCUCUACUCCUCUCCUCUCCACCUGCACCAGCCCAUAAUGGUGAGCCCACCUGUUACCGCCGACGACGACCACCAUCAUCAUCGAAGCAGAGAGCACAAGACAGUUCAGUCGAUUAAGUCCUACGACGGGAGAGGCGACGCCCACGACCUACAAAAGCCAAUCAAAACAGAGCCUCGUACUGAGCUCGUCCAUGAGCAUCACAGCAGCAACGACAUGAAGUCAUCAGUCAUCAGGAUACCACACGAAUAUGAGAGCAACAACCCGUCAGUCAUCGUUCACUCGGGUGCUCAGCAUCCUUUCCCAGCGGACUCUCCAGACACGCUGAAGAAGAGGCGAAUCCACCGCUGCGACUUCACGGGGUGCAACAAAGUCUACACCAAGAGUUCUCACCUCAAAGCACACCGCAGGACGCACACCGGUGAAAAACCCUACAAGUGCAUGUGGGAAGGCUGCACGUGGAAGUUCGCCCGGUCGGACGAGCUGACGCGACACUUCCGCAAGCACACGGGAGUCAAACCCUUCCAAUGUCCCGACUGCGAGCGCAGCUUUUCCCGCUCCGACCACCUGGCCUUGCACAAGAAGCGCCACCUGCUGGUGUGAAACUUGUUGGGAGAAUCUUUUUACAGGUUUGAAACAUCGGUCUGUACCACUUGGACUCGGAGGGGGGGGUAUAAAUAUUGGACUUAAAUGUGUGACAUCUAUUUAGCCUACUCUCACAAACACCUUAAUCAUUCAUCUUCAUGUUAGGGGAAUGCAAACAUUUUCUGUUCUCACAAGGGUUGCAACAUCUCAGCUGGCUUGAGAGUGCUGCCCCCUGGUGGCCAUAGAAAGCAUACACACUCACACGCGCCAAGAACAAACUUCGAGCCUUUCUUUGUUAAAUUGAACGCAUCUCAUCUGCAUCUAAAGCUUGCUCAUACAUGCACACUUUCAUGGAGCACAAUGCAGGACACAAGGUUGGAAAGCAUUUUGGGAUUUUUUAUUUUGUUCGGAAAUGUCAGCCUUGCUGUACGUGGGGCAUUAUUGUUUGAGUGGGGAUAUGUAGAAGAUCAUACAGGGGUGUCCAAAAUGUUCCCAUACAGAUAAAAAUUAAAGCUAUGCAGGGGCUACUUUGAUAAGAUGUCACCUUUUGGGUUUAUUAAAAACAGAUAUGCUAUGAAUGAAAUCUAUUUAAAGACCAAAGCAAAUACUGUAGUGUGAGAUUGAACAUUUCAACUUUUUCUCCUAACAGGUCUCUACCCCCCCCCCCUUUCUCCUUUGUAAUUCUCCUUUGUAAUGUUCUGUCUGAUGUGGGAUGUCUUUACUUUUAUUUUUGGAAUAUGCAGCGUGGCUGCAAAUCGCUCCCAAGGCCGCACUUUGGACACCCCUGAUAUAAAAGCAGCACAAUGUUUCAUUUCUUAUAUCAAGUUUAUAUAUCUCUAAUAUAAACUUGUUUUGGUUUGUGAUGCAAGUUAUUUUGUAACACUUUUAUUUGGGAAAAUAUUCAAGGCAAGGACCGUUGGUAUACGGUUUAUUCCAGCCUACCUUUGUUUUCAAUGUUACCACAUAAUUCCAAUCAGAGGUGCUGCAGCUUUGUGUUAUUAAGCUAUCACCUUAGGACAAAGUAGUGGUGUGUGUGUGUGUGUCUGUGUGUCUGUGUGUGUGUGUGUGUGUGUGUGUGUGUUCAUGUCUCCAUGCAGUGUGCACUUUAUUGCUAAAAUAAUAAAUAUUCCCAGUCAACCCGCGACCCUCAUGAGGAGAAGCGGUAUAGAAAAUGGGUGGAUGGAUGGAUGGAUGGAUUCCCAGUCAAACAUUUAUUCCCUACACAUACUCAUACCAAAUGUAGCAGCUCAACAGAUCUGCAUUUGCUCCUGAGAUUCUUUGCUUGUAAAGGUUUUUGUGUGUUGGCAAAUAUAAGUUGUAAUAUAUAUAUAUAUAUAUAUACUAUAUAUUUUAUAAUUGUUAGACUGAAAGGGCAAUUAAAGAUUUUUUUUUUAUUAAGCAUGAUUUUUGAUACUCGUAAUAAUGAAAAAAAAUAUGACACACUUCUGUAAUGUUAUCUCCUUUUUAAUCUAUGUUGAAAAUUCAAAGGGAAUGUGUUAAACUGUGAACAUAUAACUGUACAGGUCUGUCUGCAAGUUUUGCAUUAAAAAAAAAAAUCAUACCACUUAAUAAACUUAUUGAUACUA